CAUGUGUGCUUUGUGCCACUGACAUAUAAAGAGCACACUGCAAACUUCACUAGGACAGACAACAUCUUGGAACCUAAAGAACCCACUGGAUUUUGAUUGAAGGACUGUUCAAUAUGAGGCUACGUGGAGACCUGUGUCUCCAGGUACUGGUCUUAACUACUGUGCUGUGUGUAAAAGCAGAGCAGCGCCAACCCAAGGAGAGACGAUAUUAUAUUGCUGCCGUGGAAAUAGAUUGGAAUUAUUCUGGAACAAAGGGGCUUGGUCAGACAUAUAAAAAAGUGGUGUUUCGAGAGUAUGAGGAAGGCUUCACACGGGCUAAGGCACAUCCCUCUUGGUUAGGUUUAAUGGGGCCAACUCUGAGGGCUCAGGAAGGCGAAACACUUGUCGUCACUUUCAGGAACAUGGCAAAUGGAGAAUAUAGCAUCCACCCACAUGGAAUUGCUUAUGGGAAGCAGUCUGAAGGAGCUUACUACUUUGACAACACUUCCCAAAAAGAGAAAGGGGAUGAUAUCAUCAGGGCUAAUGAAGAACAUGUCUACUACUGGGAGGUGACUCCAGAGGUGUCCCCUCAGAGGAAUGAUCCGUCUUGCCUCACCUACUCCUACGUUUCCCACAGGAAUGUAGUAGAGGACCUCAACUCAGGCCUCAUUGGGGCACUGCUUGUCUGCAAAUCUGGUACUUUGGAUGCAUCAGGACAGCAGACUAGGAUCCACCAUGAAUUGAUAUUUCUUUUUGGGGUUUUUAAUGAAAAAGAGAGCAAAUAUAAGCCCAAACAAAAUGCUGAUGAUGACCAUAUCAAGUACACAAUAAAUGGAUACACAGAUGGGACAUUGCCUGAUGUGAAUAUUUGUGCCCAUGCCACUGUUAGCUUGCAUUUCCUAGGCAUGAGCUCUGAUCCUGAGGUGUUCUCAGUGCACAUGAAUGGACAGGUGCUGCUGCAGGACGGUCACAAAGUCUCCUCUGUGGGCCUCAUCAGUGGGACCUCUGCCACUGCUAGCAUGGUUGCAGUUCACCCCGGGCGCUGGCUCCUGUCCUCACAUAUCAUAAAGCACAUGGAAGCUGGCAUGCAUGCUUUUGUUGAGGUGAAGAAAUGUGCAGAGUUUGAUGCACCUAAGAGAACGAUCACUUAUGCUCAAAAACUUCAGAGCUCAGUGUGGACAUAUUACAUCGCUGCUGAAGAAGUCAUUUGGGACUACGCACCCAACAUGCCAGACUAUGCUGAUGAAAAUUUCCAGUUGAAGUAUCUGACAAAUUCUGAAGUACGUAUUGGCCAAAAGUACAAGAAGGCAGUAUUCACGCUGUAUAAAAAUGAGUCAUUCACUGAAAAGUCAGAAACUAAGCAACGAAGAAAUGAACUUGGAAUUUUGGGGCCAGUUAUAAGAGCUCAAAUCAGGGAUGUUGUCAAGAUUGUCUUUAAGAAUAUGGCGUCAAGGCCUUACAGCAUAUACCCACAUGGACUAACCAUAGAAAAGUCACAGGAAGGAGUCAACUAUCCAGCAGGAGGUAACCAGUCUCAUGGAGUGCAGCCUGGGGAGACACAUACAUACCUGUGGCAUGUGAUUGAGCAGGACGAGCCAUUGGACACAGACUCACGCUGUCUCACUCGGGUGUAUCACAGUGCAGUGGACACUCCCCGGGACAUCGCAUCGGGGCUCAUAGGGCCAAUUCUCAUCUGUAAAAGUCAGUCGCUUAAUGUCAGGAAUGUACAGCUCAAGGCAGACAAGGAGCAGCAUGCCGUCUUUGCCGUGUUUGACGAAAACAAAAGCUGGUACCUGGAUGACAACAUAAAGGCAUACUGUGACCAGUCCAGGGUCAAUAAAGUCGAUUCUGAGUUCUACAAGUCUAAUGUCAUGCACACUAUCAAUGGGUACACAUUUGAGAGUGGGCCAGACCUAGGUUUCUGUAAUGGUGAAGUUGCUACAUGGCAUGUGUCAAGUAUUGGAGCCCAGGAUUUUAUUCAGACUGCAACAUUCUAUGGACAUCCUUUUGAGCUGAAUGAUCACACCGAGGACAUACUCAGUCUUUACCCCAUGACAGGAGAAACCAUCAAUAUGAACAUGGACAACAUUGGUAAGAGGUUUUAUUUUUAUAGUUCUUAUGGUAGAAGCUGAACUGGUGUGCAAUGU